AUGUCCGCCACCGCGACGACCCCCGACGAGGCCGCGCAGCUCCUCUUCCCGCCCAACGUCCAGUACAACAACAAUCACGUCUCUACACUCAAAUUUCUCUCUGCUUGCUUUGCUGGCGCCGCUGCCGGCAUCCUCGGUCUUGAGAACGCGCUCGGAUUUGCGCUCUUCGUUUUGUCGACCCUCUUUACGUCCGCGUGCCUCUAUGUGAAGUGCAAGGGCAAGCCGACAAAAUAUAUACCCGGCGGGUGGUGGGAGCUGGUGAGGCCGAGUCAGGAAAACAUGUUCUCAUUUAUUCUAGUGUGGACGCUAUUCUAUGGUGCGGCUGUAUUGUCGUCGGAGACCGGAGAGCAUAUAUUGACGCAUGUUCCCCUGGAUGACGCAGGGAUUGUGCACGUGUAUGAUUGA